UAUAAACAUAUGUCUGAAUGGCGGGGAAUCAGUACUCUUCGCCAUCAGAAGGACUUCACAUGACUGUGGAUGAUGAUUUUAAUGACAGUCGCUCAAAUACAGUGUUCGAUCCACCAUUCUAUGGACAUCCCAUGCUGAUUCCGCCGUCUCCUUCAUUGACUACAAUGCUACGUGCACGGUCUACGACACCUGAAGGAGACGAAAUUGACGUCUCUGAAAUGGAUCAGCAAGAUUGGGACAUUAUGGUUAAGGUCCCUACUUAUGAGUACUAUGGGUUUGUUUUGUACUUGGUGUCAAUGGUUGCUUUUGGCCUCUUCGUCUUUUGGUCGAUCCUUCCAUCUUCUGUGUUAAAUUACCUGGAAAUCCAUUCCUAUCUUUCCCGCUGGUGGGCACUCGCCAUUCCAAGUUGGAUAUUGGUGCUGGUCAUAUAUAUCCAUGUUGCUUUGAGUGCUUACAACACCGAGGUGCUGACAAGACCGCUUAAUAGCUUAGAAUGUUUAGUAGAUCAGUAUGCCCUAGUUGGAGAAGAGGAUGGAGCGGCUUGUGGUCGUGUUGUCGACCUUCGCCUAUGCGAUGUAAAUCGUCAACGAUACGAAGCGGCAAACGCGAAGUAAAGAUUCCUACAGGAAACCAAAUUGCAUUUUUUUCGGUAAUUUCUUUUUUUCUACUAUCCCCUAAUGACCAAUUAUUUCAUGAAAUAUUUACAAAGGUGCUGGACGAAUCGUGGGCUGUCAACUCAAUAAUUUAUUCGUAGGAAGCUAGGUUUUCAUUUUUUAAUAUUCGUACUAUUUCCUUUAUACAUAUAUUCAUCAGAUGGACAAGUAGAAACUAAUGGUCUUGCUCCAAAGUGGAUAAUUCCUUUGACAAACUUCAUCAAAGGCAUUCAUUAAUAGAUAUAGAUAGUCCAGAACGUUGGAAGAUAAGAGUUUAGUAACAACGAAAAAAAAGAAAAAAGUAAUUAUAUCACUUCUAGUAAACAACGAAUCUACUCCCAAUCGUCGUCAUCAUCAUCUUCAGGAUUAUUCUUAUUAGGCUUCGUGUUCUUUUUGUCCGUGUUCGGAGUCUCUUGGUCUUCUUUUUCACUAGGAUGCUCAGAAGAAGGGUCCAACUCAGUGCUCUUCUUUGCCUUUCCCUCGGAAACAAGCUCGUUUUUGGUAUCUUCUGAAACAUCCCCAUGUCUUUCGCUUGUAUGCUUAGUAUUUUUGUCUUCUUCACCAUCACUUUUUUCAUCAUCCCAACUAAAGAUUUCUUCUUCUUCAUUAUGAAUAGAACUCAUAGAUUUCGUUGGUCGGAUUUCUUCUUUGUACCAAAAAAACCGUUUCCAAAAUGCAUCGUAAGAAACUUGAGACGGCACUAAUGUUUCCAUCUGAUUACGCAAACUUGAAUACGUUUGAAGAAGAUCUGAAAUCUCAUCUGUCUUAUCGUCAAUGGAAACACCUUUUUCCCAGUCUUCGUAGGCUUCAUCAGACACAGGCUUUCGAAAAAGGUCUGUGUUUUCAAUAAGUUGCAGGAUUUGUUUUUCCUGGCGGCUUAGGCUAAGAAAGGUUAGCACUACUGUAUUUGAAUAAAUUAAUGUAAUAAUUGAGAUUUCCAUCCCCAUUAUGAAAGAUGGUUUUUGAGCCACAGACCAGCAAACGCC